CCAUGUGUAGGCGAAUCACGUGUGAAGAAACCGUUUCUCGUCAUGUCUCUGCUGUAAGCAGAGCUUCGUGCAAGAUUUUUUAUUUUGCCUCCGCUCGCUGCUGCUUUUGUUUUGACAGCUGCUUGUUUUUUUUUCCGCACACCCCCUUUACCGAAGAAUGAGCGAAAACGAUGACAUCGAAGUCGACAGCGAUGCAGACAAGCGAGCACAUCACAAUGCGCUGGAGCGCAAACGCAGGGACCACAUUAAAGAUAGCUUUCACGGUUUACGAGACUCUGUGCCUGCACUGCAAGGAGAAAAGAGCUCUGUUAAACAGGCUUCCCGAGCACAGAUUCUUGACAAAGCCACUGAGUACAUUCAGUACAUGAGACGAAAAAAUCACACCCACCAGCAAGACAUCGACGAUUUAAAGAAACAGAACGCACUGCUGGAGCAGCAGGUGCGUGCUCUGGAGAAGGCCAAAGGCAACAAUCAGCUGCAGAACAACUACUCCUCUGACAGCAGCCUGUACACAAACCGCAAAGGGAGCGCGGUGUCGGCCUUCGACGGCGGCUCCGACUCCAGUUCGGAAUCUGAGCCCGAGGAGCCUCCGACCAGAAAGAGGCUGCGCGUGGAGCCCAGCUAGACUCUCCCACUGACUAUUUUUCUCCCUUUCUUGUUGUUGUUUUUGUUUUCUGUUGCCCACCAGCCUGAAACUCCUCUUAGCUGUGUGCACUCAGCCCUGCCUUCUUUUACUUCAGUCAGUCUGGAGGCUGCGUGAGGGAGGUGCUAUGUAUUGUGUAUAAAAUGCUUCUACUUUCCUAAGCAUCCCUUCACUUCACAUGUCCCAGCGUGACCCUCCCACUCCCCUCUACUCCUCCCAAAGUGAGGCAGCUCUGCAGUUUUGAAGGACUUGACGCUUUUCAAUCCUCACACUGACCUUAAUGAAAGGAAUGUGGAGAUGACUAGGUAUGAGGCGUUAGGUCGCACAUCCUCUGCAAUUGUUGGGAGGAGUCGCUUUGACAAAAAUGUCGAUUGGGAAUGGUUUACCUUUUUAAAUUUACUUUUUUUUUUUCCAGAAGAAUGUGAUGUUAUGCAAAAUCUACUUAUACAGUGUAGAUGCCUGAAAUUUUGUGUUUUGAAAGUGUUUUGUGGAAUUUAAAAAAUCCCUCUUAUUUAUAUAGUGACCUUCCACAAUUGAUGUCAUUUAUGUUUAGCUUAAAAAGGAUACACUUUUUUUAAUGGCUUUACCACAAACAUGGGUUUAGCUAUUUAUUUUCCCCCUAUUUUUGUUACUAUCAGACAAAAAAAAACACCUAAUCGAUACUGAAUGUUACACAAUGCAGUUAAACUUUAUUUUUUAGAACAAACUAUUGGUUCAAUGUGUAGAAUAUAUCCCUACCCUAAAUGGUUUCACUUCUGCAAAGAAAAAAAAUACUUCCCUGAAAAUAUUUUGCCUGUGCUGGGAACGUUUCUCUAUUUUCCCUUUUUCUCAGAGGUAAACAAGUGUGUAUGUAAUCAAUAUUUGUUUGUUCCAUUCCAUGGAAAUUACAGGUAUGUUGUACAUACUGCCAAUGGGUGUCUUGCAAGUUAAGACAUACCUUGAAUAAAACUUAUCCUUAUCGGAUGUAA